GCAGUUCCUUGGAACCACCUUCCCCGUCCACUGGCUCCGGGCUCCUGUCAUCUGAGAAUCUCUUCAGUGGCUUAUCUCGGGUUCACUGUUUACCCAGUGCAGCCUGGCAACUGUCCGUAUGCUUGGGAUUAUCUCGCGCGCUCCCUUUCAACACCGCGGCGAAGUUCUGCUGUCAUUUAGCCUUCUUUUGCGUGGAAAAAGUGGAGAGGCGGCUGCAGAAGAGGCAAGACUUGUGAGCGCCCCUUUUAUUUGGAUCUUCGGCUGCUUGCCUUUUUCUUUGCACUUCUCGCCUUGACUUUUGGUCAUCUCGAGGCUCUCUUUGCAUGCGAUGGAUCACACGCUCUUCGGCUGCCUGCGCAGCCCCCACGCUUCCGCGCAGGCCCUGCACCCCGCGUUCUCGCAGUCCCCGCUGGCCCUGCACGGGCGAUCAGACCAUGUCUCCUACCCUGACCUGUCGGGCUCCUCGCCCUCGUGCGUCGUUGGCGGUUACCCGGGCGACGAGGGGCUGUUCGGCGGGCCACACCACCGCAGCCACCCGGGGCUGCAGCAUCACCCUCCGCAGCCGCAGCAGCCGCAGUCCAGCUGGCACAUUCCGCAGAUGCCCUCCUCUGCGCCCACCAACCCUCGACACAGCCUCUGCCUCCCUCCUCACAGUACCGCACCCCCAGAGCUGGGCCCCAGUGGUCCCAACUUGUGUGCCACCACGCCGAGUUUAGGCAGCGGCGCUCCGACAGGGGCUUCCUGCGUACCUGGGGACUUCGGACGACAAACGCUGUCCCCCGAUGAGGCGGAGAAGCGGAACAGCAAGAGGAAAGGUGACAACACAGAUUCCCAGGACGGCAGCUGUAAGUCAGACAUGAGCGGCAAGCCCAGGAAGGAGAGGACGGCGUUCACCAAGGAGCAGAUCCGGGAACUGGAGGCGGAGUUCGCCCAUCACAACUAUCUGACAAGGCUGCGGCGCUAUGAAAUAGCGGUGAACCUUGACCUCACGGAAAGACAAGUGAAGGUCUGGUUUCAAAACAGGCGGAUGAAGUGGAAGCGUGUGAAAGGGGGACAGCAAGGGGCAGUGGCACGGGAGAAGGAACUGGUGAACGUGAAAAAGGGGACACUACUGCCAGCCGAGUUCUCCGGCAUCGCGGGGCUCCACCACUCGGCAGACUCCCUGGCGAAUGAGGACAGUCGUGACAGCGAUCAGAGCACUGAGCACGCUCACUUAUGAUGUGCCACAGGCCACACCCCCUUGCCACUGGCCCGGCCUCAUCACUCAGGAAAGGAUGUGUCUUCCACGGGACGCUAUUUUUUUUUCAUAAUUGAUUUUUAAAGGAUUUUUUUUAAGUAAUUGAUGAUUAAAUCCACACAAGUACGGACACGUUUUACGAGAAAGUAUAAGGACAUUUUUUUGUCACCCUUUAAACAAAAGCAAAUUUUGGGAAACAAAAUAAGCAAGCGAAAGGGAAAAUGUAACUAAACAUAUUUAAAGGAUAUGAUUUACUAAUGACAGCAGUUAGAACAGCAACAUGCAACUCAGUGUCCUGAUAAAAGUUCCAAGUUUUUUUGUUUUGUUAUAAAUAUGGACAGUUCCGAUAAGGCCUUUGUGUUGUGAACAUUCCACUGUAUGUCCACCAGAAAGAACAGGCAGGGGUUAGCUAAGGUUUUGCACUGUUGAUUUCUCUCCUGUAUCAGUUUCUACUGUAUGUGCUGAAAGUUACGAUUAAAUCGAAUUAUGAUCAAAUCAGAUGUGCAGGUUGUGCAAAUAAUUAUUUUGUUCAGCAUAUAUAUGUACAUAUAUAUAUAUAUAUACAUAUAUAUAUAAAAUCUGUAAAUAAUUAUCAGUAUUUUUAUUACCUUCAUUCAUUCUAAUGGUUUUCUAUCAACAGUAUACUGCUUGCCGUAAUAAACUUUGCUUGUAA